ACGUUUGGAGAAGACCAUUCAAACGUUGAUUGCCGAACAAAGGGAAGCGAGACGAGAAAAAGACCAAACAAAGGAAGAAAUGAAAUGCCUUUAUUGCGGAAAGAAGGGUCACUUAAUCCGCGAAUGUCGAACUAGGUUAUUCGAUCAAAGAAGGGAACGAACAACCAAUCAAAAUAAUCGAUUCAAUUCAUAUUCGACACCGCGAAAUAACCAACAACCAUUCGUGUUAUAUCGAGAUCCAAGACUGCCAAUUAGGCAAGAUCGACGAGAUAACCGAAACAACCAAACAUUCCGAAAUACUCUAAUUAACCAAACGUAUAGACCAACAGAAAGAAGGAACUAUAAUCAAAAUAAUCAACAAAAUUACAAUCAACGACCAUCUACUCCUCGAAACGUACAGAGGACUUAUCUAAAUAUCGAAUCAGAACAGGAAGAACUAACCACGGAAGAGUCCGAAGAAGAAUCCAACGAAUCUGAUGAUAGUUCG